UGUUCUUUUCUAGGUUGAGUUGAGUUUUCUCUUUGAGGUCUAUGAUUGUUCUUGGAAAUGGAAGGCCUUUAACGAGUGGUGGGGGAGGAACUACGGCAGGGCUAACAACAGAUGCUGCUUUGACAUAUCUCAAAGCUGUGAAGGAUAUGUUUCAAGACAAUAAAGAAAAAUAUGAGACUUUCCUUGGAGUCAUGAAGGACUUCAAAGCUCAGAGAGUUGACACUAAUGGCGUCAUAACAAGAAUCAAAGAUUUGUUCAAGGGCUAUGACGACUUGCUUUUGGGUUUUAAUACUUUCUUACCGAAGGGGUAUAAAAUUACUCUUCAGCCGCCCGAGGAUGAGAAACCUAAGAAGCAAGUGGAUUUCCAAGUAGCUAUCGAAUUUGUCAACAAGAUUAAGGCGCGAUUUGGAGGUGAUGAGCGUGCAUAUAAAAAAUUCCUAGACAUCUUGAACAUGUAUAGAAAGGCAACCAAGUCCAUCAACGAGGUCUAUCAAGAGGUUACUCUAUUGUUCCAAAACCAUGAAGAUCUGCUCGAAGAGUUUUUUCAUUUCUUACCUGAUUUUCGAGGAUCAGUUUCUGUUAAUAACCCUCUUUUUAGAAGGAAUACAGUACCGUAUGAUAGAAAUUCACCAUUUCAUGCCAUGCAUCCAAAGCAUUAUGAGAAGAAAAUAAAACGGAGUAAGCAUGAUGAGUAUACUGAAUUCUCUGAUCAACGAGAAGAUGGUGAUGAGAACCUUGUGGCCUACUCUGCUGAAUCCCUUGCUAAUCAAGGUCAAUGGCCAGGAUAUCCUAAGGUAGAGGACACCGAGGGGAUUCAAAAUUAUGAAAAUAAUGGGGGUCAUGAAAGACAUCCAGACCUCGGAAGUCAAAAAAAUCUGCUGUCUACCAACCAUAUGGCCAAGGCAAUAAAUGAAUUGGAUCUUGCUGACUGCGCACAAUGUACACCAAGUUAUCGUCGCCUGCCAGAUGAUUAUCCCGUUCAGAUUCCAAGCUACAGAAAUUCACUUGGUGGAAAGGUACUUAAUGAUCAUUGGGUAUCUAGGACAUCGGGGAGUGAGGAUUACUCAUUCAAACACAUGCGCAAAAACCAGUAUGAAGAAAGCUUGUUUCGAUGUGAGGAUGAUAGGUUUGAGUUGGACAUGUUACUUGAGUCUGUGAGUGCAACCAUUAAGCGUGUGGAAAUUCUUCUGGAAAAGAUCAACAACAACACAAUCUCUAUAGAGACACCAAUUUUGCUGAACCUAAGAUGCAUUGAGCGGUUGUACGGGGAUUAUGGGCUUGAUGUCGUGGAUUUUUUGAAGAAGAGUACUUCUCAUACUGCCUUACCGGUGAUACUAACACGCUUGAAGCAAAAACAAAAAGAAUGGGCUAGGUGUCGCUCUGAUUUCAGGAAAGUAUGGGCUGAAGUAUAUGCUAAGAAUCAUCAAAAAUCACUAGAUCAUCGUAGCUUCUAUUUCAAGCAGCAGGACUCCAAGAAUUUGAGCACAAAAGGUUUAGUGGCAGAAAUUAAAGAUAUCAGCGAGAGAAAGCAUAAAGAAGACCUGAUUCGUGCCAUUGCUGUUGGAAAUAAACCCUCUUUCACCCCAGAUAUGGAGUUCAGUUAUACUGAUACACAAGUUCAUACUGACCUAUAUCAACUAAUCAAGUAUUAUUGUGAAGAAAUAUAUGCUACUGAACAGGCGGAUAAAGUCAUGGAGCUGUGGGUAACUUUUUUGGAACCGAUGCUUGGUGCUCCUUCUAGGUCUCAAACUAAUGAGACAAUGAAGGAUGUUGCAAAUAUCGAAGACACCCAAGAGCACCAUGAUGCAUGUGAGGCAGUGAAGGAAAACACAUGUGACGGUUCUCUGGCCUUAAACCUUAAACCUUUAACACCUCCAAAAUCGCCUAACAAUGAAAACCCAAUAUUACAAGGAAGCUCUUUUCCGCAAGAUAUCCCACUAGAAAGCAUUCAUCAAGAUAAACUGCAUGAUGGUGCAACUUUAACUAAUGAGGAUAGCAAGCCUUCCAAACUUGUGUCACCCAAAAAUGAUUUGAUAAUGGAGCGUGUAGAGAAUCGUAGUAAGGUUAGUGAUGUAUCAAUGGGAGAGCGUAAGGUCGAGCGUGAAGAGGGUGAAUUAUCUCCCACUGAAAGUUUCGAGCACGAAAAUAUUGAGGUUUAUAAAGAGAAUGAGCUCGAGCCUGUACAGAAACUGCCAGACAAUGAAAGAAGUAAUAAAGAUCGAGAAUACAAAGAGGGUGCAUAUGGUACUGAAGCUGGAGCAAGAAGCAAUAUCCAACCUGAAGAUGAUGAAAAUGCCUCUAAAAUUAUUGUUUCAGCAAGCAAGUUUGGUGGCCAAGUUUCUUCCGAUGAAGAGCAUAAAGGAGCUAUGAACUGUGACCGACGUGAUAGUGUGGCUGAGAGUGAAAACGAGGCUGGAGGGAUGGUUAAUUCUAACGCGGGUGGAGAUGGAUCUUUUGUCACAUUUUCAGAACGGGAUCUGCAACUUGUAAAGCCCCUUGCAAAGCAUGUGCCUGGGACACUGCAAGCAAGUGAAUGUGACUCCCGGAAUGAUUCUCGAGUUUUCUAUGGGAAUGACUCAUUUUAUGUGCUUUUUAGGCUUCAUCAAAUAUUGUACGAGAGAAUACAAUUAGCAAAGAUACAUUCAGAGAGGAAAUUGAAAGCUCCAGAUAGCACAUCUACUGAUUCUUAUACCAGGUUCAUGGAGGCCCUUUAUAAUUUACUUGAUGGCUCUAGCGACAAUACAAAGUUUGAAGAUGAAUGCCGAGCUAUUAUUGGAGCACAAUCAUAUAUUCUCUUCACAUUGGACAAGCUAGUUCAAAAGUUUGUUAAGCAUCUUCAUGUAGUCGCAGCGGAUGAGACAGACACCAAGCUUCUGCAACUAUAUGCAUACGAGAACUACAGAAAACCAGGAAGAUUCUUUGAUAUGGUGUACCAUGAGAAUGCUCGAGCCCUUCUCCAUGAUCAGAACAUAUACAGGAUUGAAUAUUCAUCUGCCCAAACCCGUCUCUCGAUUCAGCUUAUGAACAGAGGGAAUGAUAAGCCUGAAGUUACAGCUGUAACAGUGGAACCAGGUUUUGCUAAUUAUCUACAGAAUGACUUUCUCUCGUUUGUCCGUGAUGAAGAGAAACCUGGACUAUUUCUGAAGAGGAACAAGGCGAAAUUAAGCGGUCCGGAUGAUGAAUCUUCAGGGACGUCGCGUGCAAUGGAAGGACUAAAAAUUAUCAAUGAGGUCGAAUGUAAGAUAGAUUGCAGUUCUUUCAAGGUCCAGUAUGAACCAAACACAACAGAUCUUUUAUAUAGAAGAAAGCAGAAGAAAACUUCUGAUAGUAGUGAACUCUCGAGAAAGCAAAGAAUAUCGCGCUUUCACAUGAGUCUUAACCGCAGACUUGUUGCUUUGCCUUAAUUCAAGAACGCCGUGUGAAGUCUUUGCUGAGAUAUGCAAGAAUCAGUAGUAGGAGACUAGAGAGAUAAACUGUCUUUGACAAA